AUGAGCCAAAGUAUCAAGCAGAUUCAAUCUGGAUCUAUCAAAGGAAGUUGCCAAAAAUCCGAACAUAGCACUCCUGUACAUCAAACAGGAACCAUUAUUUACCACCAUGGAGAAAGUCAUCCAGUACCUCAUGGAGGUCACUUCAGAUCUCCCAGUGUCCAUGGAGGAUCAGGUGGAAAAGGGAUUAGCCUCUCCAGACAUUUUUCUCAUGGAUGUAGCUUUGGAAAUGUAUAUGGCUACAGUCAUGGAAAUCACUUUGUGACCCAUGAGCUUCAUGGUGUUUUCAACAAUGAUGGUCUGUUCUGCUUUAAUGAGAAGGAAACAAUGCAGCUACUGAAUAAUCGAUUGGCUUCAUACAUGGAGAAAGUCUGUUCCCUGGAGCAGAACAAUGAGCAGCUAGAGAGGAACAUCCGAGAAUGGUAUGACAGGAACCAACCCAAUGGUCUCCCUGAUGUUAGCAAGUUCUUCAAGAUCAUACAGGAGCUCCAAACACAGAUCCCAAAAGCCCAUGUAGAAAAUGCUAAAGUGUUCUUGGACAUGGACAAUGCAAAAAUGGCUGCUGAUGACAUUAGGAAUAAAUUUGAGCUGGAGAUGAGACUGAGAAGUAACAUUGAAGCUGAUGUGAAUGGUCUUCGCAGAGUCCUAGAAAGAAUAAACAUGGAGAUAUGUGACCUACAAAUGUACAUUCACAGUCUUCAUGACGAGCUUGAAGAACUGAACAAGAACCAUCAGGAGGAGGUGAAUUGUCUGCGCACUCAGCUGGGCGCCAGAGUCAGUGUUGAAGUGAAUGCUGCUCCAUGUGUGGAUCUAAACAGUGUCUUGUCUGACAUCCGGCAGCAAUAUGAAAGUCUCAUGGACAGAAAUCUGCGAGAAGUUGAGGAAAUUUUCCGUGCAAGGAGCGAAGAACUAAACCGUGAGAUGGUUUCUGGGGCUGAACUGUUGCAGUCAGUUAAUUGCAACCUUAUUGAAUUGAAGCGCUGUGUGCAGAAUCUGGAAAUCGAACUUCAGAGCCAAAUAAGCAUGAAAUGUGCUUUGGAGGAUUCCCUGGCUGAGACUGAAGCCAGCUUCACUUCCCAGCUUGCCCAAUUACAAUGUUUCAUCAACAAUAUUGAGUCUGAACUAGCGCAGAUACGAUGUGACCUGACACACCUAAAUACUGAAUACAAGAUUCUCAUGGACCAGAAGAAUCACCUGGAGAAGGAAAUUGCUGCAUAUAAAUGUCUUCUAGAGGGACAUGACAACCAUGCUGGAAGCCGCAGCAAUAUUGAAGAUGACCGUAGUGUGAAAGCUCAUUACAACACAGAUCAAGUUCGACAGAAUAGUGUUAAGAUCAACCUGUGA